AUGCUGGCGCUGCUGGUUGCCGGGGUGGCGCUCGCCGUGGCCGCCGCGGCGCAGGAUGUCCCGGCGCCCGGCAGCCGCUUCGUGUGCACGGCGCUACCCCCGGAGGCGACGCGCGCCGGCUGCCCGCUGCCCGCGAUGCCCGCGCCGGGCGGCGCGCUGAGCCCCGAGGAGGAGCUGCGCGCGGCGGUGCUGCAGCUGCGGGAGACGGUCGUGCAGCAGAAGGAGACGCUGGGCGCGCAGCGCGAGGCCAUCCGCGAGCUCACGGCCAAGCUGGCGCGCUGCGAGGGGCUGGCGGGCGCCAAGGCGCCGGGCCGCGCGGCCACGGGCAAGGACACCAUGGGCGACCUGCCGCGGGACCCCGGGCACAUGGUGGAGCAGCUCAGCCGCUCGCUGCAGACCCUCAAGGACCGUCUGGAGAGCCUCGAGCACCAGCUCCGAGGGAACGUGUCUAGCGCCGCGUUGCCCGGCGACUUCCGAGAGGCGCUCCAGCGGCGGCUGGGGGAGCUGGAGAGGCAGCUGCUGCGCAAGGUCGCGGAGCUGGAGGACGAGAAGUCCCUGCUGCACAACGAGACCUCGGCGCACCGGCAGAAGACCGAGAGCGCCCUGAACGCGCUGCUGCAGAGGGUGAGCGAGCUGGAGCGAGGCAACAGUGCGUUCAAGUCGCCCGAUGCAUUCAAAGUGUCCCUCCCCCUCCGCACAAACUACCUGUACGGCAAGAUCAAGAAGACGCUGCCCGAGCUGUACGCCUUCACCAUCUGCCUGUGGCUGCGGUCCAGCGCCUCGCCCGGCAUCGGCACCCCGUUCUCCUACGCGGUGCCCGGGCAGGCCAACGAGAUCGUGCUGAUCGAGUGGGGCAACAACCCCAUCGAGCUGCUCAUCAACGACAAGGUUGCACAGCUGCCCCUGUUCGUCAGUGAUGGCAAGUGGCACCACAUCUGCGUCACCUGGACCACGCGGGACGGCAUGUGGGCGGCCUUCCAGGACGGGGAGAAGCUGGGCACCGGGGAGAACCUGGCCCCCUGGCACCCCAUCAAGCCGGGGGGCGUGCUGAUCCUCGGGCAGGAGCAGGACACCAUUGGGGGCCGGUUUGACGCCACCCAGGCGUUUGUGGGGGAGCUCAGCCAGUUCAACAUCUGGGACCGCGUCCUUCGCGCCCAGGAGAUAGUCAACAUCGCCAACUGCUCCACCAACAUGCCGGGCAACGUCAUCCCCUGGGUGGACAGCAACGUCGACGUGUUCGGAGGGGCCUCCAAGUGGCCGGCCGAGACCUGUGAGGAGCGCCUGCUGGACUUGUAG